CAGACUAACAUCAAUCAACAUUACCUGGAAGCUCGUUAGAAAUGCAGAAUUUCAGGCUUCACCUCAGACCCACUGAAUCAGAAACUGCAUCUUAACAAGAUCCCUGGUGAUUCACAGGCAUGUGAAAUUUGGAGAUGCGCUGGUCUGAGACCCUCCUACUCUCUGCUUGGGUCCAUGACUUCUAUUUAUUGUCACCACCUGCUCGCACCCCAGGCUUUGAGACUACCCUUCCCACCAUGGGGUAAGAACACAACCCCACUAGCCCCUCACUUCUCUACCAGGACCCUGGCCCUCUUCCAGGACUGGGGAAGCUAGAGUGGUCCAUGGAGCAGAAAGACACACAUAAGACUCUCUGUAGAGGGCUGCGACCUCUCCUGACAAAGUAUUCCACUUUCCACAGGUGGCUGUACCUCUCUGAGUCUCAGUUUCCACAGCUACAAAAGGAAGCCGGUAACAUCUACAGCCCAGGAGGGCUGAGGGUGAGUGUGUGCAGCGAGCCAGCAAAGCCAAUGCCGGGGACCCCGGGUGGGUGAUCUCGCCUCAUCCCUUCUCUCCUCCUUCAUGUCUUGAACUGAGCACAGGGGUGGGGGCGCCAGCAGAGACAUGGUGUCUCUUUUUCAUUUUCUCCUACCGGUCUCUUCCUUUUCCUUUUUUAAAACUUUUUUUCCCUUUUCCCUCCUUUUUCUUUCUUUUUCUUCCUCUUCUUUAUUCUCAAACAGUUCAACAAAGGUUGCUGACCAAGGCUGACUGUGCCCACCCCCCGCCCCCACUGGACAGGUCACUGCCCACUUCUCCAGUCUCUCUGGAAGUCUUCCCCGGCAUCCUUGGCCCCACUCUCCAGAGGAAUCUGAAGCCCUGUGCACUUCUGGGAGAGGCACUGACACCAACACCUCUUGGCCUCUCCCAGAGCGUGGUGCCAGGGCCUCAGGGGACACCAAGCAUUGGAACCCUUGGCUCGGCUGCCCUCACCCCCUACCACCAAUUUCUCUCAGUUUCUCUCCUGUUCUUUCCCUGCCAAGAUGCUUUCAGGAGCCCCUCAGGGCUACUCUCUGUUUCUUGCACACCAGGGCAACCUCAGAACUUGCCUUCUGAGGAGCAGCCCCACCACCGAGGGGGAGUGGUGCUCCAGGCGCACGUGCAGGCAGGAACACUCACGCCCUCACACGUGGGUGUCCCAGAAGGGGGGGGCAUUUCCACUCCCCACCUUAGUUACCCUGCCCCUCGGCAGCUGACUAUGCCACCAAUAUCCAGCCAGGGCCCCCCCCAUUCUUGGCUUGAAGGCCAGCUCCCCAUCCUGAAAAACCUGUCUGGAAGCCUCCCCUGAGGCUAUAGGGCCCACGGGGCAGGUUGGACAGGAUUCCCCUCUAGCCCCUCCCACCCCCAGGACAAAAUCAGACACCCCCAGGGCAGGGCCUCACUUGCCUCAGGAAGCCAGCCUGCCAGCACCCGAGGGAGCUCCAGCCCAGCUAUGGCGUCCCUGCUGCCUGUCCAGACCUUGCCCUUGAUUCUGAUACUGCUGGCUGUCCUGGCCCCUGGGGCUGCAGCCAACUUCAACAUCUCAAGCCUCUCUGGUCUGCUGUCCCCGGCACUGACGGAGAGCCUGCUAGUUGCCUUGCCCCCCUGUCACCUCACAGGAGGCAACGCCACACUGAUGGUCCGGAGAGCAAAUGACAGCAAAGUGGUGAAAUCUAGCUUUGUGGUGCCUCCAUGCCGCGGCCGCAGGGAGCUGGUGAGCGUGGUGGACAGUGGGGCUGGUUUCACUGUCACCAGGCUAAGUGCAUACCAGGUGACAAACCUCGUGCCAGGAACCAAAUACUACAUUUCCUACCUAGUGACCAAGGGGGCAUCCACUGAGUCCAGUAGAGAGAUCCCGAUGUCCACACUUCCUCGAAGGAAGGCGGAAUCAAUCGGGCUGGGAAUGGCCCGGACAGGGGGCAUGGUGGUCAUCACCGUGCUGCUCUCUGUCGCCAUGUUCCUGCUGGUGCUGGGCUUCAUCAUUGCCCUGGCACUGGGCGCCCGGAAGUGAGGAGGGCUGCCCUGGGCAGUGGGCUCUUCCAGGAAGUCCAAGGCACCGUCCAUUUCCCCAGCCUGGGGCUCUGCUGUUGCUCCUGCCUCCUCUCCUGAAAAGACUGCCUGCCCCCAGGCCACGGUCACCAGGCUCUGGCUCCUUCAGUGCCUUCAUGUCCCCCUCAACCCAGCCCCUGCCCCCAUUCCACUGCAGCCCUUUCUUCCCUCCGUCCCUCCCCUUGCCCUCUAAGGCCUCACUUUGGCCCAGAACUCAUUUUCCCCCAACCCCACUCCUGUCAGAAUUGGUUUUCCUCCCAUUUUGCCUCUUUAACCAUCCCGCUCAACAAGAAUUCACCCCGGUGAACUCCGUCCCUACAGUAAAGUCUGAUGC